CGCCACGCCCCGUUCCGGGGCCGGGUCCGCGCCGAGCCGGGAUGGUGCUGCUGCCGCGGGCGGGCGGCGCGGCCCGGGGCUGGGCCGGCGGGGCGGGACGGUCCCCGCCGCCGCUGGCCGCCCUGUCCGAGGUGCUGCGGCUGGAGCGGAACCGCCGCACCGGCGUGGUGUUCCCGCUGCAGAAGCUGGAGCGCUGCCUGGCUCCCGGCGCCGACACGGCGCGGUUCCGCCUCUUCCAGCCCGGCCUGGCCGCCCUGCAGCGCGCCGAGGCGCUCUUCAGGUCCGGCCGCCACCACGCCGUCGACUACGUGAGCUCGGCCGUCCGCAUGGACCAUGUCCCGCCGCCGACACUGCCCGAGGUGUGCUUCAUCGGCCGAAGCAAUGUGGGGAAGUCGUCUUUAAUCCGGGCCUUGUUUUCACUGUCUCCAGAAGUGGAGGUCAGAGUGUCCAAAACUCCGGGCCACACCAAGAAGAUGAAUUUCUUCAAAGUAGGGAAGUACUUUAUGCUGGUGGAUAUGCCCGGAUAUGGCUACCGUGCCCCACAAGACUUCGUGGAGAUGGUGGAGGCCUAUCUGCAGGAACGGCACAACUUGAAGAGGACUUUUCUGUUAGUUGAUGGUGUAGUAGGACUCCAGAAAACAGAUCAUGUUGCAGUAGAGAUGCUGGAAGAGUUUGGGAUUCCUUAUGUGAUGGUGUUAACAAAAAUUGACCGAGCUUCCAGGGGACUGUUAUUAAAGAACGUGCUGGAGAUCCAGGAGUUUGUAAAGGAGAAAACUCAGGGAUGCUUUCCUCAGCUGUUCCUGGUCAGUUCUCUGGAGUUUUCAGGGGUUCACUUGCUCAGGUGUUUUGUAGCCCAUGUUACUGGAAAUCUGCCUACUUUAGAGGCCAGCUGAGAAGACUGGGUCCUGAUCCGCUCACCUCAUCCGGAACAAAAGGUGCAGCACGAUGGCACGCCUCGCUUACGUACAUCGAGUUGUCCCUGUUCCACGUGGAUGAAAGAGAGGAUGCAUCUUUAAUGGGAUCUGCUUUUUGAUCACUUUUGGCUUGAAACAGAGCAGAAGAAAUAACUGACACCUAGAGGAACUCUCUCCUUCCGCACUUUAUCAUCCAUCAGUGCUACAUCUACCUUCUGUUUUAAACCCAGCAUGAAGUUGUGCAGCUGCGCUCAGGUGAAUUGCUAGAGAUGAAUGAGACACAUUGUCCAUUAUCUGCAUCUGUUCUACCCUGGCAUCUGAAGCACGAUACUGAUGUCCUGUACUCUUUAAGAGCACUGUAACAGCUGGCAGAACUGUGUCCUGCAGCACCUAAGAGCACCCAAAGUUGGCUCGUUACAAGGCACAGAACUGGGGGAAAAAAAGACUGCCAUCAAUAACAGUAGUUGUUACAAGAGAAUUUAGACCAAAGCUAUUAAGUGCCUAUGUCAAACUCUGGCACUCGGUCUUGUCGUGUCGUAACAUUGCCAAGUGUGCAUACACAGUUGUCAGAGUUACUUACAUUAAGUGUUUAAACCUCAAGAAAGGGCAGGUCUUUUGUGAACCACUCUGAGGUAUUUCUUGUGUUUUGUUUCAUUAUGGAAUGUCUUGUCACCCUUGAACUAGACAUGAGGUGAGGUCUGUUUUCAGCAGACAUGUAAGAAGUGGGGGGUGUAGGGAAUGCAGUACAAAGAUGUGGAUCUUUAGUUGCCGCAUCUUAGCAGAGAUCAAACCUGUAAUUGUCUAGUACUUUACCUCUAAUCCCGAAGUGCUCUAGAGUGAACCAGCCCAUAGGAUGCUUGAGCCUAGGGGCAAGUGCAGUAGUAUCUAGACAGAGGGAACGGGUAGAAGUGAACGCUUCAGGAAUAAUCUUUUCAAAGUAUCAUAAAACCAGGAUCUUCCAAAAGCAUCAAUCUUGCCAAGGCUGUCAUUUUCAAGGCCUCAUUGACUGAAGAGCCUCUGAAAAUAAGUCUGUAUAUGUGAAAGAAGGUGCAGUUCUGUUUUUAGUCCCUCUUCAGGACAAAAUGCCUUACAGUGCUAGGAAGUCUUCUAUUAACCACUUAAAUACAUGAAGUAUGUCUGGUAACUCCA